AUGCCGCCAAUGAAACCUUUUAGAAUUAACAAGCAGACUGGGCCCAAAGACAAAAAUAAAGGACCUAGGCAGCAGUCUAAAUCAUCUUCAUCUAAGAGUAAUCGCGACGAUGAUGACUUUUUUUUGGAUAAUGGGGGACCAUCAAAUAUGAAUGAUAAACAAAAAUCAAGAUCAUCUCAUCCACCUCAUUUAAAAGGACGAGAUAUUGGCUUGUGGCAUGCUCGUAAACAAGCAAGUAUGCGAGAGGAUGAAGAAAUGCUUGAUAUGACUAGACCUAAAGUUAAGCCACCUUCUCAUUUAAGAGGUCGUGAAUUAGACAUGUGGCAUAAGGAACAAAAUCGAUUAUGGCAGAAAUCCAAAAAGAAAGAACAACAAAAAGAACUCGGAAAAUGUUUUAUUAAGCUAAGAAUUGAAGGAAUUGGUCGUAUGGAAAUGCAGUUUCAACAACUUGAAGAAGAAUUGCCGAUUCCCGAUGAAAACAUUAAACCAAUCCCAUGUGUUAUACCAAAUUCCAAAUUGAAUACAAAAGAUUAUAGAAAUCAUAAUUAUAGAGCUUUAAAUCUUUUGACUUUAAAAGAUGAAGAUGUAGAUGAAAACGCCGAGUACAUAAUAGAUAGAUAUAAAAAACUGGAAGAUUCAAGUUUCAAAAGAAAAUUUUUAGAUAAAAUUACUGGAUCUAUGGAAGAAAAUCUUGUUGCAUCUAUUCAAAGUAAUAUGAAACUUCAAAAUGAUGAAUCCAAAAAUGCAUUUUUAAGAAAUGAACUUGAAAAUAAACGUAAAAGUACUAAAUAUAGAUCUAUGUGUGAAAUCAGAAAAAAACUGCCUUCGUAUAGUAAAAAAAAUGAAAUUUUAGAACUCAUCCGUAUGAAUCAAGUUAUAUUGAUAAGUGGUGAAACAGGUUGUGGUAAAACUACCCAAAUGGCACAAUUUAUUCUUGAUGAUGCUAUUAUGUCAGGCCGUGGUUCAACAUGUAGAAUUGUUUGUACUCAACCAAGAAGAAUCAGUGCUAUAUCAGUGGCUGAACGUGUCGCUGAUGAAAGAGCUGAGCGUAUCGGAGAAGCAAGUGUUGGUUAUCAAAUUAGGCUCGAAAGGAAACUGGGUCGUGAAUUUGGAUCUAUAUUGUUUUGUACUACUGGUAUUUUACUUCAACAUAUCCAAAGAGAUUCAGCUUUAAAUUAUUACUCGCAUAUUAUUAUUGAUGAAAUACAUGAACGUGACACCAUUAGUGAUUUUACAUUAACUAUUCUCAAGAGCAUCAUACCUGUUAGACCUGAUAUUAAAGUUAUAUUAAUGAGUGCAACAUUAAAUGCUGCAGCAUUUUCGAAGUAUUACAAUGACUGCCCAUCUUUGAAUAUACCUGGGUUCACAUAUCCAGUUGAAGAACUUUACCUUGAAGACAUUUAUACAUUAAAUAGGUUUAGAUAUUUUCCUAAAAAACCAACCCAAAGAUCUCGCAAAAUAAAACCUGGUGAUCCAUUUACUGAAUUUGUAAUUCCUUAUGUGAAUGAAAUGAGAAGAUUCAAAAAAUAUCCUUUAGCAAUAUUGAAUUGGUUGGAAAAUCCUAUGUCUGAAGAUACAGAUUAUGAAUUGAUUUUAGAAAUCAUAUAUUACAUUUGUAAUAAUAAAGAUGAUGGAGCUAUACUUGUUUUUCUAUCUGGAUGGGAUCAAAUAUCAAAACUGACAAAAAUUUUAAAAGAUAAAGGCUUUGGAAAUACAUCUCGAUAUAUACUAAUUCCUUUGCACUCCAUGUUACCAACUGUAUCUCAAAAAUCUGUUUUUGAAUCACCACCUCGAGGUGUUCGUAAGAUCAUAUUAUCCACAAACAUAGCAGAAACCUCAGUUACCAUAGAUGAUGUAGUUUAUGUAAUUAAUAAUGGCCGGAUGAAGUUAAAAGGAUUUGAUGCUGAAAAUAACAUUGGUACCCUCAAUGAAGAAUGGGUGAGCUUAGCUAACUCUAGACAACGUCGGGGUAGAGCGGGUCGUGUAAGGCCUGGUAUUUGUUAUCAUUUGUAUACAAGAGGACGCGAAAGAUCAUUUAAUGAUUAUGUACUACCUGAGAUGAUGCGGACAAGCUUGGAAGAAGUAAUACUUCAAGCUAAAAUAUUACAAGUUGGUAUGGUAACCCCGUUUUUGGAGAAAGUUAUGAAUCCACCUGAAACCAAAGCUCUUGAAGUAGCUUUAAAACUAUUGAUAGACUUGAAUGCUUUGGAUGAAAAAGAAAAUCUUACUCCAUUAGGGUUUCAUCUAGCAAAAUUGCCAAUUGGGCCACUUGAAGGUAAAAUGAUAAUUCUAGGCGCAAUGUUUAGUUGCCUGAGUCCAAUAAUGACAAUUGCUGCUAGUUUAAAUUUUAAAGAUCCUUUUGUUAUGCCAGCAAAUAAGGAAUACCAAUGUCGUGAAAUAAAAAAAGAUAUGGAUGAAGGACAUCAAAGUGAUCACCUUAUGGUCACAAGAGCAAUGAGUAAAUUUUUACUAGCGAAACAAGAGAAUAGAGCAUGGGAAUUUUGUAGAGAAAAUUUCCUUAUGUAUAAUACAAUGAAUAUGUUGCAUGAAUUAAAAUCUCAAUACGCUAAGUAUUUAUGUGAUCUGGGAUUCAUUAAAACUUCCAGUUAUACCGACUCUGAAUACAAUCAGAAUUCAAACAAUGUUAAGCUUUUGAAGUGUGUUCUAGCUGCUGGUUUGUGUCCCAAUAUUGCUGUUUCUAACCCCAAAAUUAAAACAAAUGGCCGUAAAUUUUCAAAAUUCAUUACUGCUGAAGAUGGAAAAGUUGAAAUUCAUCCCAAGUCUGUGAAUUCAAUUGAUAGUUACUAUGAGAGUCCUUUAUUAUUAUACCACACAAAACUGAAGACUACUUCAAUAUUUUUGCACGAUACCACUAUGAUUUAUCCAUUCCCAGUGGUGCUGUUUGCAAAAAAUCUUAAGACGACUGGUGAAAAAACUGAUUAUGUUACAUUUAGUCUUAACCCUCAAAUAAAUUUCACCUGUUGUGCUAGAACAGCAAAUUUUAUAAAGCAAGUAAGACAUAGAUUGAAGUGGUUGAUUGACCAUUUAAUGUCGCAUCCUGAAGAAAUAAGUUUUAAUUCAAAUUCAGGCAGUGGAAAAGCGCUCAAACUUGUUGUUGAUCUCGUAUCUGCAGAAGAACAUCCUGGUAUAUUAGAAUUUCCUUUUAUGUUUUAAAACUUACUUAUCGAACAUUUUUUAUUUAUUGAUAUUGUACAAUUUUUAAAAAUAACUUAUAAUAAAUAAUUUUUUUUAAUUACAUAGUUAUGUAUGUUUUUUAAUUAAUUACUUAUUAAGGGCUCGGUGCCAAUGUAAUUAUUGUCCAAAACCAUAUUUUAUUAAAACCAUGUUUGUAGAAUCAA